AUGUCAUCAUCAACAAAUAUUUCUAUAUCAAGUAUUAAAAGUAAACAAUCACAAACAUCACGACAUAAUCAAUCUAUAAAAUCUUUAUCUAAUAAUUCAUCAUUACCUGAUUCACUUUUUGAUCAAUUAUCAAAAUUUCGUGUUGAUGGUCGAACAAUUAAUGCACGAAAUGUUGAUGAACUUUAUCCAGGUUUAGAUCGAUUACUUUUAAGAAGUUUACAAACAGGUGAUUGUCGACAAUUAUAUAAUCGUUUAAAACGUAAUUUAAAACCACAAUAUUUAUUAAUUACUGGAAAACAUAUACAUAUAAGUGUAUGUUCACAAACACAAAGUACAAUUGAAAAACUUGUUGAAAUGGGAGCAACUCUUGAUCUUCAUUUUUAUGAACCAAUUCAUUUGAAAGAACUUGAAUUAAUGUGUCAAUAUGGAUUUGAUAUAAAUGAACGUUUAUCAAAAUAUAAUAAUCAAACACCACUUUCAAUAUUAAUCAAUAAAAAUUAUUCAAUAACAAUGCUUAAUAUACUUAUAGACCAUGGUGCACGUUUUGAUUUAAAAGAUAAUUGUGGUCAAACAUGUUUACAUCAUGCAUGUCAAACAUCAAUAGCUGAUUCUGCUUUUGAUUUUAUUGUUGAACAUACACCAGAUUCAUGUUUAAAUAUCCAAAAUCAAUCUGGUGGUACACCACUUGAUGUAAUUUAUUUAACUGCAUAUGGACAAGCAAAUACUUUUCAAAUGCGUCGUUUACAUGUUUUAUUAUCUCGAAAAGAAAGUAAAUUAACGCGAUAUGGUAUGCGUGAACCAAAUUUAAUUUCACGACAACAAUAUAAAUUAAUUGAUAUAUUAUCAUGUAAAGAAUUUUUAUUUAAAUAUCGUCUUAAAGAUAUAUUUGAUUUAUCAAUACGUCCAUUAACAUGGUGUAUAUUUCUUUUUUAUGAUGUUUUACGUGCAUAUGAAAAACAGAAUACAAAUUUUAUUGGACAAAUAACAAUUAAACAACGUCUUGAACGUUAUUUUAUAUCAAUGAUUGAAAAUGGUGAAAUUUCAUUAGAUAAAUUAAUAUUUCGAUCGAAUACAUUACAAUUAACAUCACCUAUCAAUGAACACGAUCAACAAAUAUUAAUUGAUACAGAAAAUUCACUUUUACAUAUGACACAAAUAAAAAUAAAAUUAAGUGAAUUACGUAUGCAAACACUUACAUUAAAAGCUCUUUGUCGAAUUAAAAUUAAAAAAGAAAUUCGAACAUUUCCUAAUGAUAUUAUACAAUUGAAUACAAUAUCAAAAUUUCUUCAAGCUUAUUUAACAUUUUAUAAUCCAUUUAUUAAAGCUAAUAUUACAGAUGCAAUUUAA